UUAUCAUCCUCGAUCAGAAAGUUCUCCCCACCCGUAAUCGCGUCCAUCAUUUGCGUGAGAGCACCCUGGGAGUUUUUCUGACUCCCUCUUCCUUCCUUCUUGUGGGUUGAAAGGAAUAGGGAUCCUGCAGUCGGGGUUAGAAGAUGCUUGAAGGCAACUCCCAGGCGAUCCUCGGGGAUUCUGCCCCGGGACCGUCAACCUUGAAGUCAGCAUUGCAAUCGCCUAAACUAGAGCCUUUCUGCGGCAAUGUCGAAGGAUGGGGACCCUUAAGCAAAUUCAGGUUUGACCUGACGCCCUGCUUCCUAGACCUUGGGGUGGCUAUUGUUGCAACAUGGGGCUUAAUCAUGGGAGCAGGUGCCAUUUGGUUUCUGCUCAAAAAGCGAAUCCCCCAACCCGUGUCGAAGAAUUGGCAUUUUUACGCUAAACUGAUCGUGCUAUCCGCUCUGAUAUUCACAACGGCUCUUCAAGCAGCGAUUCAAGUCGAGACUUUUGCGAAUAACUGGUUGGCUGAUGUUCGGUUUUGGAGUUCGAUUGUUGUGUUUGCUUCUCUUUGUGUGAUAUUCGCAGUCCAGUACCACGAGCAUUGGCGGAGUAGGCAACCUAACGGUGUCGUUCUCUUUUACUGGCUUUUCUUUACCAUCGCCUAUGGGAUUAAGUUGCGCUCGCUUGUUGCACAAAAGACCUAUGAGGACAACCUGCCAUACUUCGUCUGCUUCAACAUAAGCUUAGGGCUUGCGCUACUGGAAUUUGGACUGGAAUACCUCGUUCCCAAGAAGCAGAGCGCGUACGAUGCCUUGGGCGACGAAGAUGAAUGUCCCUAUGAGUAUGCGGACAUAUUCUCGGUGCUCAGCUUCAGCUGGAUGACACCAAUGAUGAAGUUUGGUUAUAAGAACUUCCUGACCCAAGAUGACCUGUGGAAUCUACGACAUCGUGAUACCACUCGCGUCACUGGGGAGACCUUGGCGGAAAACUGGGAACAGGAGCUGCAAAAGGACAAACCAUCUCUGUGGAUUGCACUUUUCAAGUCUUUUGGUGGUUCAUAUACCAGAGGUGCGAUCAUUAAAUGCGGCAGUGAUAUGCUUGCCUUUGUCCAGCCUCAGCUUCUUCGAGUUCUGAUUGACUUCAUCAGCUCGUAUAGAACUGACAACCCCCAGCCAAUCAUACGGGGUGUUGCUAUUGCCUUGGCGAUGUUCUUUGUCUCGGUGUCGCAAACAAUGUGCCUUCAUCAAUAUUUCCAGAGGGCCUUUGACACUGGUAUGCGCGUGAAGUCGUCGUUGACGGCAAUGAUCUAUGCCAAGUCGCUUCGGCUUUCAAGCGAGGGCCGUACAUCGAAGACUACCGGCGAUAUUGUGAACCAUAUGGCUGUCGACCAGCAGCGUUUAUCUGAUCUGACUCAAUUUGGUACGCAGCUGUGGUCUGCGCCGUUCCAAAUCACCCUCUGCAUGCUAUCGCUUUAUCAGCUCGUCGGCGUGAGCAUGUUCGCCGGUAUCGGUGUCAUGAUUCUUAUGAUCCCAUUGAAUGGUGUCAUAGCUCGGAUGAUGAAAAAGCUUCAGCUCGUCCAGAUGAAGAACAAGGAUUCGAGGUCGAGGCUGAUGACUGAGAUUUUGAACAACAUCAAGAGCAUCAAGCUUUAUGCCUGGAACACUGCCUUUAUGAAUAAGCUUAGUCACAUUCGUAACGACUUGGAAUUGAAUACCCUUCGCAAAAUUGGAGCGACGCAGUCGGUUGCAAACUUUACAUGGCAGUCUACUCCCUUCCUUGUCUCCUGUUCUACAUUCACUGUUUAUGCUUUGACGGACCCCCGGCCUCUGACUACUUCGGUGGUGUUCCCAGCUCUGACGCUUUUUAACCUACUUACCUUCCCGCUCUCCAUUUUGCCUAUGGUAAUCACGUCAAUCAUUGAGGCUUCCGUGGCUGUUAAGCGGUUGACUGAUUAUUUCAGCGCCGAGGAACUACAAACCAAUGCGGUCAAGCGCGAGGACCCAGUGUCUCAUGUCGGGGAUGAGUCUGUGCGGAUUCGUGAUGCGUCGUUCACCUGGAACAGGUACGAUGGCACUCACGUCGUGGAGAACAUCAACUUCAGUGCUCGUAAGGGUGAAUUGAGCUGCAUAGUAGGCCGUGUCGGCGCAGGCAAAUCAUCUCUUCUCCAGUCACUUUUAGGCGAUUUGUGGAGAACGGAAGGAGAAGUCAUUAUCCGUGGCCGUAUCGCAUACGUUGCACAGUCACCUUGGGUGAUGAACGCUAGUGUCCGAGAGAACAUUGUCUUCGGGCAUCGAUGGGAUCCUGACUUUUACGAGCUCACUGUUGAAGCUUGCGCCUUGCUGGAUGAUUUCAAGAACCUGCCGGAUGGUGAUCAAACCGAAGUUGGAGAAAGGGGUAUCUCGCUCUCCGGCGGACAGAAGGCUCGGUUAACUUUGGCUAGAGCAGUCUACGCUCGUGCAGAUAUUUAUCUUCUCGACGAUGUUUUAUCGGCAGUUGAUCAGCAUGUGGGUCGGCACCUUAUCAACAAAGUCCUUGGGCCAAGUGGAAUACUCGGCAGCAAGACUAGAAUUCUUGCGACCAAUGCCAUUCCCGUUUUGAAGGAGGCGGAUUUCAUCGGAUUGCUACGAGAUAAGACUUUGGUUGAAAAGGGCACCUAUGACCAGCUGCUGGCUAUGAAAGGCGAAGUUGCUAAUCUCAUUCGUACUACUAUGAACGACUCGGACGAUGAUAACUCGAGUGACAAUGGCCUUGCCAGUCCCGAAAGCUCGGACUCUACUACGAUAAUCGAUAACGCAGAUUCUGAUGAGCUUUCGGAUACCGACGAAGCCGAACAGCAAAUUGGUUCACUCCUUCCCAUUAGAUCUGGUGCCAACCGGAGAACAAGUACGGUGACUUUGCGACGCGCCAGCACCGUUAGUUGGAAAGGCCCUAGGCGCAAGCUAGGAGACGAGGAGAAUAUUUUGAAGAGCAAACAGACCCAGGAGACCUCACAGCAAGGUAAGGUCAAGUGGAGUGUAUAUGGGGAAUAUGCCAAGAACAGCAACAUCGUCGCCGUCUGUUUUUACCUUGCUGCUCUGUUGGGUGCACAGACAGCCCAGGUCGCUGGCAGCUACUGGCUCAAGUACUGGUCAGAGGCUAGCGAAGUGCAAGUGAACCCUAAUGUUGGCAAAUUCAUCGGCGUCUACCUAGCUUUUGGACUUGGAUCUUCUAUCCUAGUUAUAGUCCAGAAUCUUAUUCUAUGGAUCUUCUGCUCAAUUGAAGCAUCUCGAAAAUUACACGAGAGAAUGGCGUUCGCAAUCUUCCGUUCUCCCAUGAGCUUUUUCGAAACUACCCCGUCUGGAAGAAUCCUCAACAGGUUUUCAAGUGAUGUAUAUCGUAUUGAUGAAGUCCUUGCGCGCACAUUUAACAUGUUGUUUGGAAACUCAGCGAAGGCACUGUUUACGAUGGGCGUUAUCGCGUCGGCAACGCCUGCGUUCCUUAUCUUGAUUGUUCCUUUGGGCUACAUCUAUCUGAGUUAUCAAAAGUACUAUCUGCGGACUUCCCGAGAAUUGAAGCGCUUGGACAGUGUUACACGCAGUCCCAUCUAUGCUCAUUUCCAAGAAUCUCUUGGAGGUAUCUCGACUAUCCGCGCGUAUAAGCAGGAAAACCGAUUUACGCUCGAAAAUGAGUGGCGAAUGGAUGAAAACCUUCGCGCCUACUUCCCUUCCAUUAGCGCGAAUAGGUGGUUGGCAGUCCGCCUUGAAUUCAUUGGUUCGAUCAUUAUUCUGGCCUCUGCGGUGCUUGCUAUCAUCGCAGUCGGCACUGGCACCCCUAUCUCACCAGGCAUGGUUGGUUUGGCCAUGUCGUACGCCCUUCAAAUUACACAGUCUCUGAACUGGAUCGUUCGUCAAACGGUCGAGGUCGAGACGAACAUCGUGUCCGUGGAACGUGUUCUGGAGUACGCUAACCUGCCAAGUGAGGCGCCUGAAGUGAUAUUCAAGCACCGUCCCGCCAUUGGCUGGCCAGCGCAAGGCGCGGUGUCAUUCAAAAACUACAGCACACGGUACCGUCCUGGGCUCGACCUUGUGCUUAAGGAUAUCAACCUUGAUAUCAAGCCUCACGAGAAGAUUGGUGUCGUUGGCCGCACUGGUGCAGGAAAAAGUUCUCUUACUCUGGCGCUCUUUCGCAUCAUCGAGCCAGAUGGUGGCAGCAUUAGCAUUGAUGGGCUAAAUGUGUCUACUAUUGGCCUGUUUGACUUGCGAGGCCGCCUUGCCAUCAUUCCUCAGGACCCGGCCAUGUUUGAGGGUACCGUACGGGACAAUCUGGACCCUCGUCAUGUGCAUGAUGACACAGAGCUGUGGAGUGUGCUCGAACACGCACGACUGAAAGAUCACGUUGCAAGCAUGGAUGGCCAGCUGGAUGCCCGAAUUCAAGAAGGAGGAUCCAAUUUGAGUCAAGGCCAGCGUCAGCUGGUGUCUCUAGCACGGGCAUUGUUGACGCCUAGCAAUAUUUUGGUUCUCGAUGAAGCGACAGCGGCCGUGGAUGUGGAAACAGAUGCAUUACUGCAACGCACCUUGCGCAGUAGUAUCUUCCAGGAUCGCACUAUUAUCACUAUCGCCCAUCGCAUCAACACGAUCAUCGAUUCUGACCGAAUUGUUGUGUUGGACAAGGGCAGAGUGGCCGAAUUUGACACACCUGCCAAUCUGAUUAAGUCUGGCGGGAAAUUCUACGAGCUAGUCAAGGAAGCAGGUCUGCUUGAUAACGAAGGACUUGCCCUUGUGCAAUAAUUGCAGACCUCUCGUACAGAGUGGCGAAGACCUGUGAGUGGCUGGGCCAAAGCGAGAGAGCCUUCUCUAUAAUCUCGGGCCGAUCUCUCGAAUCUGGACCUCGUAGGAGACCAGGUGAGAAAGAGGAUGACCGCAUCUUGGCUGAACUCGCAUACACCACCAACACUAGGCGAUCCAUUAAGCGUCUGUGCGCACGGGAGAGGGGUUGAUGAAGGAUCAAGGGCCCUUUCCCUCUAUUAUACGAGCUCGGCAAGAUCACAGAGAGCCGAUCCGUUCCCAGCUUUUCUCUUUUUAGACGAGGAACCAAAAGUACGGGUCGAUGAUCGCUUCGUACCCAUGGCGUCGGAAGGAGUUUAAUUAAUUAAUUGUCUGGUUGCCUUUUUUCACUUUCGAUGUCUACCUAUAUUGAAAAAGUCCUGUAUCUACUGCACAUAGCCAAUAAUGAUUGAAAUUGCGUGCGAA